AUGCAGGCCACCACCGUUCUCCGCCAAGCUGCUGCAGCACGACAGCCUCUGAUCAAGUUCAUGGGAAAACGCUCCAUCCCAGCAACCAUUGACCACACUCCUCAACCGCAUCCCGCCUCGCCAACCCACCAGCUCCCCGACUCCUUCGUCACCUACCGUGCCAAAGCCCAGCAGCACGGCCCGCUCAACACCACCUACCGCCCAUUCUCCAGCAUCGGAGCAUCCCCAGGCGCUGCUCUGGGCCCCGUGGCCGCUCGUCAGGGCGAGUACUUUGACCGCAACGACCUGCCCGCCAGAUUCAGACGCUCUCCCUGGUCCCAGGCCGAGAUCGAUGCCAUCGAGACCGGCGGGGCAAGCAUGUUCGCUUGA